AUGAGCAGCCACCCCUUUUCGAACAGCCACGCGGUCAAAAGACUGUAUGCCCAGAUCGAAGGUAUAGCUGAUCCGGUCAAGAAAGUGGAGCUAUUGGAGAGCCUGAAGACGAUCAUCCACGCCGCCGAACAAAUGUGGGACAACUUGGCCGAACUGCCCGGAAGUUUGGCACGCGAUUCCCAGUGUUCCGCCCUCGAUCUUCUCUCGCGCACCCCACAGAUAUCAAUGAUGCCCACCGCCGUGCCUCCAUCCAAGUACCCGAGCGCCCGGCGCGAUGAGAAGAUCAUUGACGAUCUUCACGGCGUGAAAAUCGCCGACCCGUACCGGUGGAUGGAGGACCCGGAGAAUGCCGACACGAAAAAAUGGGUCGAUGAGCUCAACAACGUCUCGGAGCCCUUCCUGAAGGAGGCGCCAACUAGGGAAAACCUACGUGAAAAGCUUACCGCUAUCUGGGACUUCCCAAAAUUUGGUGGGAUCAGCACACGCGGAGGGUUCUACUACACCAGCCACAACACGGGGCUGCAAAACCAA